AUGUCGAAGACGUCAGUCAAGCGUGUAGUCAACGCAACUUUAGCCGACAAGUCUUGGGAUAACACUGGUUUACUAUUAGACUCUAGCGUGGAAGAUGCAGCACAACAGAACUCCCCAAUCAAGGUGUUGCUCACCAUUGAUCUAACCCAAUCAGUUGCUGAUGAAGCCAUAAACAAAGGGGCAAAAUUCAUAAUGGCAUAUCACCCUUUCAUCUUUCGUGGACUAAAGUCAAUAACACCACAAGAUCCUCAGCAAAGGUCGUUGUUGAGGUUGGUGAAAAAUGACAUCAGUGUGUAUUCACCUCACACUGCGGUUGAUAGUGCCAAAGGAGGAGUGAAUGAUUUCCUAGUUGAUGCAAUUGCAGGUAAGUCAAAUGUCCAAAACUCUGCCCCAAUUGAACCUGACUCAUCUAACCCUGAAUGCGGAAUGGGAAGACUCGUCAAUCUUAAACAACCAAUUAACUUGAAGGCUCUUGUUCCAAGGGUGAAAGAGCAACUUGGUCUCGAUCAUGUACAUGUCGCUGAAUCUAAAAACGGACCAGAUCACGAAAUUAGAUCAAUUGCUAUUUGUGCAGGAUCUGGAGGCGGUGUGUUCAAGGGCUUGCAAGCUGAUUUAUACUUUACUGGAGAACUAUCCCAUCAUGAAGCUCUAUUCUUCAAGGAAAGUGGAUCCUCGGUGAUCUGCUGUAAUCACUCCAACACGGAGCGCCCGUUUUUGAGGUAUAUCAAAGAACAACUAGAAAGCGAGCUCCAAUCGAGUGAUGAGGUUAUUAUUAGUGCGACUGAUAGAGACCCAUUUCAAACUUGGUGA